AUGGCCAAAAAGACAAUCACAAGGAAAAGAAGAAUUAAAUCAUGUACAUAUUGCUAUUCACAUAAACUGAAAUGUGACAGAACCACACCUUGCUCAACAUGUGUGGCAAACGGUCCUACUGUUGAAUGUAAAUAUUGGUCCGAUAAUGACAAUUCACAGUCUACUAGACCAGGCUCUUCUUCUAGCAAGUCUCGGAUGAUUGAAAAUAUGGAAUGGGCAUUACCUCAAGACGAAGUAUACGGUGCAAAAUUCUUGUAUCCCUUUUUUACUCCCUCUAUGAAUGAUAAAGUGGUCAGCCCUAAGGUUACAUCAAGGAUUAUAUUAAAUGCAAAUUUUGUUAGAAACAAAAUCACUGGAUUUGAUAAAUUCGCUAGAGUUGACCUUCAAAUGAAAGAUGUUUUAGUUUACUUAUUGGACUCAAAAGAUUACAUGCAUAAUUUAAUAGAUAACUAUUUUCUAAAUGUCCACCCUAUUAUACCAAUUUUGGAUAAAAAAGAUAUAGAAUCCCGAGCACAGGAUAUAUAUAAUGAGAUCGAACAUACUUUAGAUCUAAAUCCACUUGAUGUAAUCCUUCUCAUCUCCGUAUAUUUUUGUUCUUUAUAUGCUUCCUUGGCCUCUGAAAAACUUGGUACUGCUACAGAAACUUAUAGAUGCUAUGCUAUUUAUAGGUAUCUUCUGGACAUAACAAAGUUUCCACUUGUCCCCUAUAUAGAAACAGUUCAAUCAUUCGCUGUAGUGAAUUUUAUAAUGGAUCCAAAUAUGAGAGAGGCAGUUGCUUAUUCGGCUAUGUUGGUACGUUUGGGUCAACAACUGAAUAUUCCCAAGAAGGCCAUGGAGUUAGGUGACAAAGACAAUUGUUUACUGUACCUAUGGCAUUAUAUUUUAUUUAUGGAAGGUUCCUCAUCAGUUGCCUCUGGGUUUCAGUUUAGUACGUCAAAGGAUGUCUUCAGCUUGGUAAAGUUACCAGUAAGCCCACAUAAGCACGGAAUUGUCCAUGAUGUGCCCUUAGAAUACACAAUUUGCCGUUUUAAAAUGAAUAAUAUCUUUCAGAAAAUAAUGGAGUUAACUACUAAAAAUACUAUUUCAAGAACAGAAAAUGCUUAUAUCGAGGAAAAAAUUGGGUUACUCUAUAGGGAUGUCGGUAAAGUAGAGGGUCGAUUGAAGCAUACAUUCCCUGAUAGGGCUUCCUACUAUUCGAGUUCAUUGUAUAUAUUUCUCCAUCGUCUACAUUUAAGGUUUUUUGCAUUUGAAUCUCUCAAAUUAGAAAGUGGUCAAAACCGUAAUAGGAGCUUUGGAGUCACAAAAAAUACAUCCUCAAAAGACAUAUUUUGGAUAUUGGAUAGGAAGAUGACAUUAAGGGAUGAAGUUGUUCCAUUAACUUUAUUAUUACUUCUUAAUACAUUAGAGAGAUUAGUACAACCAGAUUGUGAGGAUUUGAAUUGGUAUAGUAAAGGCUCUACUGUGAUGCAAUAUCUUUUUGUAAUCUUGAGAGAUUUGUACCAAAAUCCAUUUAGGGAAUAUCCACUGUCAUCAUUUGUGGAGCCACUGUAUGCGUCAAUUAGUUUUGAUAUUAAGGAAAUUAUAAUGUGCCAUCCACUACUAUAUAAAUAUAAGUUAAUUGAGGAGUUAUUAAAGGUACUAGAAUUGAGACUAGCCCCUCUGUGGAGUGACAAUGAAUUGUAUAAGUUCAUACUUGUCAAAAUGGUUAAGGAGAAGGUCUGGAGUAAGUCUGAUGACUUGAUUAAAAAAUAUUGUGAACAAUUCGACCAAUUGGGACAAUGCCGUCUGUUUGUUCUUGGUAAGCCACAACAGGAAAGCAUGGGUAUCAGUAUCGAUGACUUUGUCACAAAUUUGGAACCAACUCUAUUUGGAUUGGAUGCUGAAAAAAUAUUAAUUGAUUGGUUAAUCGAUAUUUAA